AUGGCCAGUGUUCGAUCCAAUGGCCUUCGCGAUGUGGUCAGAGCAGCAGUGCCUCUCCAGGAUCUCAACUACCGACGGGUUACCGAUGAUAAGAUAGCCCAUCCAGACAGCACCAUCCUUGUAGACCUAGCUGUCCAUGAGGAGGGUGUCCGCAGGAUUCUGCGCCAAUUGCUGCUUAUGAGGAUAUGUUGGAGAGGUAUUCUCGUUAUCUUCGUGAUGGAUGCCAUCUCCUUGGCCCUACGGCCAAAGUCUGGGUUACUGAAAGGCUGGCUGGAAUUGAAAAUCACUCGUCGGUCCUUCAUCCAAAUUGCCUAG